GCUUCAGUGUCUUUGUGGUUGGUGUGGCUGAUGUAGACUACAAUGAGCUGGCCAAGAUUGCCAGCAAGCCCAGUGAGCGUCAUGUAUUUAUUGUUGAUGACUUUGAUGCCUUUGAAAAAAUUCAAGAUAACCUCGUCACCUUUGUGUGUGAGACAGCUACCUCAACUUGUCCUCUUAUUUACUUGGAGGGAUACACUUCACCUGGUUUCAAGAUGCUGGAAUCAUAUAAUCUGACAGAGAAGCAUUUUGCUUCUGUACAAGGCGUAUCACUGGAAUCAGGCUCUUUCCCAAGCUAUGUAGCAUAUAGACUCCACAAAAAUGCCUUUGUCAGCCAGCCAAUACAGGAGAUUCACCCAGAGGGCUUGCCGCAGGCGUACACUAUCAUUCUGUUAUUCCGUCUCCUGCCUGAAUCCCCCAAUGAGCCUUUUGCAAUUUGGCAGAUUACAGACAGAGAUUACAAACCACAAGUUGGAGUUGUGCUUGAUCCUGCCAGCAAAGUGCUGUCAUUCUUUAACAAGGAUACAAGGGGAGAAGUUCAAACUGUAACUUUUGAUAAUGAUGAAGUAAAGAAAAUCUUUUAUGGAAGCUUCCAUAAGGUCCAUAUUGUUGUAACUUCAUCAAAUGUUAAGAUUUACAUUGACUGCAGUGAAAUACUGGAAAAACCAGUUAAGGAGGCUGGGAACAUCACAACUGAUGGCUAUGAAAUACUUGGGAAACUUCUGAAAGGUGACCGGAGAUCAGCAACAUUAGAAAUCCAGAAUUUUGACAUUGUAUGCAGUCCGGUUUGGACUAGCAGAGACAGAUGCUGUGAUCUUCCUUCUAUGAGAGACGAAGCAAAAUGCCCAGCUCUUCCAAAUGCUUGUACCUGUACUCAAGACAGCGUGGGACCUCCAGGACCCCCUGGACCAGCUGGUGGCCCAGGUGCUAAAGGUCCCAGAGGUGAAAGGGGUUUGACUGGAUCAUCUGGGCCACCUGGUCCUCGUGGUGAGACAGGUCCUCCUGGCCCUCAAGGUCCCCCAGGUCCGCAGGGUCCCAACGGGCUGUCAAUCCCAGGUGAACCGGGUCGUCAAGGAUUGAAAGGUGAUGCUGGCCAGCCUGGACUACCAGGGAGAUCGGGAACCCCGGGUUUACCUGGUCCACCUGGCCCAGUGGGACCUCCAGGAGAAAGGGGUUUCACAGGAAAAGAUGGUCCCACAGGUCCCAGAGGCCCACCAGGACCAGCGGGUGCCCCAGGAGUUCCAGGAGUUGCUGGCCCAAGUGGAAAACCAGGGAAGCCAGGAGAUCGUGGGACACCAGGUGCACCUGGAAUGAAGGGAGAAAAAGGUGACAGAGGUGACAUUGCUUCUCAGAACAUGAUGCGAGCAGUUGCAAGACAAGUUUGUGAACAACUGAUAAAUGGUCAAAUGAGCCGGUUCAAUCAAAUGCUGAAUCAAAUCCCCAACGAUUAUUACUCAAACCGUAACCAGCCAGGGCCACCAGGACCACCUGGUCCCCCAGGAGCUGCUGGGACAAGAGGAGAGCCUGGACCUGGAGGAAGACCAGGAUUCCCAGGACCUCCCGGGGUCCAAGGACCACCCGGUGAAAGAGGAAUGCCUGGAGAGAAAGGCGAAAGAGGGACUGGAUCUCAAGGGCCACGAGGUUUGCCAGGACCACCUGGUCCACAAGGAGAAUCUAGAACUGGUCCACCAGGCUCCACAGGAUCACGAGGACCACCAGGGCCACCAGGUCGUCCUGGAAAUGCGGGUAUUCGAGGUCCCCCAGGACCACCAGGAUAUUGUGAUUCAUCCCAGUGUUCUAGCAUCCCUUACAAUGGCCAAGGAUUCCCAGGUUUCGGCUAACACAUUUUCUAAGUCGCCAGUGCUGCUUACAGUUUGAAUACGUGAAAAUCCUGUUUCUGAGAUGUUUGCGCACGUGCUUAUUAGAAAAUGAGUCUGUAUGGAUAUUUCACCACGGAUAUGGUUUUUGAACCAUGUUGGCCUCAUAGAAUGGGGAGAUUCUUUUUACUAACACAACUCGUGAAUGAGAUAAAGGACAGUGAUGUCAAUUCAUUAAGCCUGUUGCAUUUCAAUAAUAAAACAGCCAGCCUUUCUUUUUUAAAAAAAGACCCAGUCGAUCAAAAUCCUCAGUGGUGAAGGAGGCUUAUAAAACUACUAACCAGCAAAGGUAAUGCCAUUAGAACAGACAAAUUUAACCUGGUAAAUGAGAAAUUACUUAUGUAAAUAGUAAACUAAUUGUGGCUUGUAAAUGAUUUGUAUGGGACCGUAUCCACUAAAAUCUGUUAACAACUCUACGUGACGCUUUUGCAUAAAAGCCUGCUGCUGCUUGCUGUAUGCCGGAAUAACAUCUUUGACAACUUCUGAAACCUACCUGUCUGUUGCUUGUUACCAACAUGUCUGAAUCGGGGCAUGUGCCUUUUUUUAAUAUGUAAUCUUGUUGGAUUCUGUAACUGCAGUUAUCAAUACCAAAGUUUUAAUUAUUUUUCUUCUGUUUUGCUGUAGUUUUUGGUGUUCCUGAAGCACCAGCUGUAACUCGGUUUGUUACGAGGAACAGCACGAGACAAUGACAUGUACUGUAUAUUGCCGCUGGUGAUAGUUCUGUCUACAAUUACUUUCCCAUUCUCAGAGAAAAUUAGUAUAUGCCAAACCCACCCAUUCAUUCUACCUGCUCCAUGCCUUCUAAUUACUCAGUUUAAAAUGAAGUCCAGUGCUUGGAUUUACUGAAGUAGCUGUAAAAUAAUAUUUGUAUUUGAUUUGCUUUGGUUUUGUUUUUUUUUCCUUAGUUUUACAAUAACUGGUCCCUUGCAUAAUUUGACACUCUUGCAGCGAUGUUUUGUGUAUUAUAAAUACAAAGCCUUUCAACAUGAAUUUUAAGCUUUUUAUUAUUUUACUGCCAAAAAGUAUUCACGAAUGAAACUGAAAAACACCCCCAGUGAACUAUUAAUUUAUAUAUUUAUUACAUGGAAAUAAGAUUGGACUAACAUUUUGUAGACAAACUAACUUUCAUUGUGUUUGUGGAUUCAAAGACAUGCGAUAAUUAUUAUGUUCAAUCGGACAACUAUUUUCAACCAGAACCAUACGUGCCUGAAAGUGGACCCUAUCAGCCUGAAGGUGAACCCUUUAUAGUACCUAUGGAGUCAGAAAGGAGAGAGGACGAGUAUGAGGACUAUGGCGUUGAAAUGCAUUCACCAGAAUACCCUGAGCACAUGCGCUGGAAAAGAUCACUGUCACGGAAAGCAAAAACAAAACCGUAGAAGAUCUGUGUCUUGUUUUGGUUUUUUUGGUUGGCAGUUUCUGGUUUUGCUAUGCUUGCAUUUGCAGAUACACACAGGGUGAGUGCAUCAUUUCUUUUGCAAUACGGCUUUCUGGUCUUUCCAUAUCAAGACGCACCCCUGUUUUGUAUCUUGCUUGUGUGGGGAUAGCAACGUGUGUACCUAGAGACUUCAGACUGCUCUGGAAACGCUUGUAAAAUACUUUUGCUUAUAGUGGCUGCGUACAGGUUAAUACGUGCAUUCAGUUAUCCCAGUGCUGCCUUUUCAUUAAAAUAGUGUAAAAACAAAUAAAUAAAAAAAAAGAAAACCAAAAAACCAAAACAAAAAUAACCACAGAGCUGCUGCGAAUUUUCUAAGGACUGUCUGCUUUAGCUCUACAUUUUUCCUCUUUUUCAUAUGCAUGUUUGCCGUUCAGUCAGCUCACAGGUCUGCAUUAUCUAGUUAAAAAAGAAACAACCAAAAAAUUCCCUCUCCUUCCAAUAUCAUUGUCAUUUUCUUCUAUUCUUAGUUACACUUUGCAGAGCAUAUACUGCUCUUAUACAUCUCCUUUAAACACCACAAACAUUAAGUAGCUGACAUCAUUGUAUCAACUGGAUACAGUUUAAUAAUGCCUGAAAUCUCUUUGUUUGUAGACACAGUAACAUUUAUGCCAAAUCGCAGUCAAUCCUGCAGAGAUGGAAUUGCAUGUUUAUGUUGUAUAUUUAGUAUGGAAUUUUGUUUUCAGAAUACAAUGUUUCUUAGUUAUCAAAAGCAGUUGGAAAUUGUUUGCAAGACUAUGGAUAUAGAAUUGCUGCUUUUAUAUUUUAACUGCAAAUUGUGAAUUUCACUGCCUUAUAUUAUUUAUUUCUGAAAUGAAAGAGGCAUUUUUCAAUAAAACUACUGAAAAUUUA